AUGUCCUCCAGUAGACCACGGAUCCCGGAGGAGCACCUGCCGGAGGGAGUCGCCCCCCAGCAGGUGCUGGACAACGAUGCAGGUGGUGUAGACGACAUCAUUGGACGUCCUGCAGAAGAUGGGUUCCCUGAACUGAUCUUGGUUGUGGAUGAUGACGAAGACAACAAUCUCCCAGUCAACAUCUCAUCUGGUGAGGAAGAGGAGUUUGAGGAAGACGAUAGGGAAGUCGACGAGACCGACUCAGAAAGUGAAAUUGGUGAGGUCUGGUCUGGCGACUUCAGCAAUGAUUCAGGGUACAGCACCAUGACUUUCUCUGAAGAGUACCUUGAAGACGACCUUGAAGACGACUUUAGACCUCUGUCCCCUCUCGUCCAGCAGUUCCCACCAGAAAGCUUUUGGCAGGACUGGCGAAGGAUGCAUCCUUCUUUUAUUGCUGGCGCACCUCUUCUUGUUGUUCCCGUUGGUAUUCCUGAUGCUGCUCCCGUUUGUGGUCCUGCCGCUGCUCCUCAGCAGCUGAUGGUCGGGCACCCGCAGCUCCUCCACAAAGAGGACCAGGAAGAGAACUACACGGGCAGGCAGGAGACCAUGGCCUCUUUGUCCCUUUGGAACCCCAAGAUGGGCUGA